GAUGGUUGUUUCGCUCAGAAAUCGUGUAGUCACUGUGGGCUUUCUACUUGUAACUGAAACUGCUGUGUGAAGCGGCAGUGAAUUCUUGUCACCCCAAGUAACAACUUAUAUAUUUCAAAAUGUCUAUUAUGUCAUAUAACGGAGGGGCCGUCAUGGCGAUGCGUGGCAAGGACUGCGUGGCCAUCGCGGCGGACCGGCGGUUUGGCGUGCAGGCGCAGAUGGUCACCACCGACUUCCAGAAGGUCUUCCCCAUGGGGGACAGGCUAUACAUCGGCCUAGCCGGCCUGGCCACAGACGUACAGACCGUAUCACAAAGACUGAAGUUCCGCCUCAACCUGUACGAGCUGAAGGAGGGCCGCCAGAUCAAACCCAAGACCUUCAUGAGCAUGGUGUCCAACCUGCUCUACGAGAGGAGGUUCGGUCCUUACUACAUCGAGCCGGUGAUCGCCGGGCUGGACCCCAAGACCAUGGAGCCCUUCAUCUGCUCGCUGGACCUGAUUGGCUGCCCUAUGGUAACGGAGGACUUUGUGGUGAGCGGCACCUGCUCCGAGCAGAUGUACGGCAUGUGCGAAUCCCUCUGGGAACCCGACCUGAGCCCUGAUGACCUGUUUGAGACCAUCUCCCAGGCCAUGUUGAACGCAGUGGACAGAGAUGCCGUGUCAGGCAUGGGGGUUGUCGUCCACGUCAUUGAGAAGGAGAAGAUUACGACACGCACCCUGAAAGCCAGAAUGGACUAGACAUCCCCUCCCCCCUCCGCUGCUGCAUCCGGUUUUUCCUACUCUCCACCACCUCACUUUUUAUAUGACAAAGAACUGCGGAUAUUGUUAUUUUUUUCUUAUUGGAGUUGUCCUGCUCAUUAAUUAAAUGAAAACUGUAGUCUCUCCGUGA